UGGGCUGGCUCUGGCCGUUAGCUAUAGGGUUCAUCCACGCUUCCACUUGCCCUGUGCCUAGAAAACAAGAUUGGAGCAGUCUUUCCUUUUCAGACAACCCCCCCCCCUCUUUAGCGCUAAAUUGGAGCAAACGUCGAUGCAGAAUGCAGAGAAAACCUGAAUGGCUGCGUGCUCUCCUUGAGCCCCAAAGAGUGGUUUUCCCCAGGGAAUAAAUGAUCAACGGGAAAAUGCAUAACCACUGUGGAAGCAAAUCAGCCUCACUGCACACUGCUGUCUAAUCUCCCUGCAAACAAAUCAAGACAAAUAGUCAUAGACUAACCUCUGCAUAACCCAAUCAGGAUGAAUGCUCAAGAAACACCUGCAGGAGCUCAAGGGAUAGAUUCCUGUUCUUAUUUUCAGCUGUAAAAUGGGGAAGAGUGUGUUUGUAUCUAUGUAUGAAGCAGCCCCUUUCACAGUGCCCUACUUCAAGAAGCCUUCACCCAUAUCACAGUAUGUGAGUCUGCCUGCCUGCCUGUCUGCCUGUCUGCCUGUCUGUCUGGGUUGCUUGUUCUCUGCCUUAUUCCACCCGCACAUCUGCCUAGGCUCUGAGACACCAUGAAGUCAUCCUGUCCGAGAGCCAGGGCAAUCAGUAAAGUGUUCAUUAAGCAGACGGGCAGACCAACCAGCGUUAUAAGGCAAGCGUCCAGCCAUAGAGAAGAUUUAGAGGGAUUGGUUGGGCGCCACGAGAGGAGGAAGGCAAAAGGCACAGAGAGGAUUAGAGGAGGUGAAAAGAAGAGAAGACGAUACCCAGCAGCAAAUCGGGGUGGCCAUCAAGGAGGAACACGAAGAAUUGAAAAAGGCAGAGAAACUGUACUUGGAGAACUGGGAAGAGCUGGAGGGGAAAGAGGGCAGUAGACUGGCAAAAUGAGUGACCCAAACUAUGAGAAGAAGUCCAGCAACUGGCCUGACCCUCAGGCUCCACCACCCUUCUCUGAAAAUCAGCCCUUUGAGUCAGAGGCUGAUCCGCUGGCACCUCCUGGUCAGCCUCCACCCGCCCCGGGCUAUGGGUCAGGUCCCUCUAUGCCACCUCUUUACCAAGCUUAUUAUGCCCCACCAGAUACAGGAGUCUACCAAGGUUCGGAUCAGACCCCGCAGGCCAUCUACAUUGUGCCUCCUCAGCCUACCAAUGAACCCGAGCACCUGGGCUACUCUAUCUUCACCAUGCUGUGCUGCUUCCUACCUCUGGGCAUCGCUGCUUUGAUUUUCUCUAUAAAGACUCGCGAUGCCAACCUUGCUGGAAACGGAACAGCCGCUCGGCAGCAUUCCCGGACAGCGAUGUUCUUGUCCCACCUGGCAGUUGGGAUGGGGCUUAUGCUCCUAAUUCUGUAUAUCGUCUUAACAGUGAUUAUGUUUAAGGCAAGAAAUACUGAGCUACAAAACCCUUGAAGAUGUGUGACAUGGCAUUCAUAUCCUAAAAGAUCUCCCCGUCUCUCCAUCCUACCCCGACGCACAGAGAAAUUCUCCUCUGAUGUCAUGCCCUUUUGAAUCAGACACAAAAUAAAUAAAUAGAGAUGUGGUACAGGCUGGUUCACACACAGAGACACACACAUAUCAUGAAAUGUCUAUGCGCUUCACUCAAGGACCAACAGAAGAUGUGAACUGCAUAGGACUGCAUUUGAGGUGACAUCAGGUGAUAUGAAUGUUCUUUCUGGUAGAUUGGGAUGGGGGUGUGUGGCUGUGCACAUCAAGAGAUGGGCACUGUGUGUGAUCCAGCUGCACCAUAACACAAACUUCCCAAACCAAACCAGGAAGAGGAAAACCGAUCAGCACUGAGGAUCAAAUGCACUGAAACAUCUGAUGCCUGGAGAUUGCCUAUAGUCAUUUUGAUUUUAUACACACACACACACACACUGCUUUUUUCUGGGGGUACACAGAGGUUCACAUACCGCUAAACAUUUUUUGAAUCUUUGUACUUUUGUCCAUUUACUAUAUUUAUUUCCCCCGAUUUGAACUAUAAAAUGAUGAUAUUUGUGAGUCAAAAUGAGAGUGCCCCUAAACAUUUUUUUAGGAAAUAAGCACUGUGUGUACACACACACACACACACACACACACUAAAGUGAAUCAAUUAAUACCAGAAAUGAAUCAACAUAAAAUGGCAAAAUUUCAAAAUGAAUCAUAUUGGAUAUACAUUUACGGAGUAAAUGAAUACAUAAACCAGUGCUAACUACACUUGGAAACAGGGGGGAGGAUCCUGCAAACCCACCCAUCUCCUGUCUCUCAGCGACAGUGCCAUGAUCCACAACAGCAGACCCUCACCGUGGAGCAUCGAGCAACUUCCGCUCUUGCCCUGCUAAAAUCCUCAUCGGCACAUAAUACACACGCUGCAAAACCACUGCAUUGAUCUACCAUUGCCAAUGAUAACACCAUGAAAUGGGUUCAGAUCUCCUCCUCUCCAGCCUACAUUCCCUCUCCCUCUCUUUCCCCCACCCCCACCCCGAUUUCCUUCCCAUUUCAGAUUUCUUUCUUUGGAGUACCAGACUUCCUCAUCUUCUCCUGGGCUGUUCCCAGUCCUUCUGCCACCACACCCUUUGCACCCCCGGGUAAAGACGGCUCUGUCUCCCACCCAGGCUCUCCGGUAUUUUGCAGGCAAAACCUGGGGCAUGUGGCUGUCGCUUGAAAUCUCGUACCACAAAUUGAUGCUCUCUUGCCCCAUUACGCAGGACUUUGUUUCAGUGGUGGCUGCUCCAUUAGUGUGAGUGGAGCAGUGCCCUCCUAACCAUAGUUUGCCCUUGGCCAGUACCCACCUGCCUGCCUUGCUACUUACAUCCAGCCAAGGGGGUUGGUUGCGCUCAUUAUUGGCUCUCUCCCCUAUUAACCUCAGCAUUGCUCUUGAAUGGAGAGGAUGGGGCAGACAAAACUAGAAUUAGUUGGCUCUGCCUCACAUUAGCUGUGGCUCUGACUGUCAUUGCCUCUGGUGCCCCCUGCUGUUGGACUCCCUGCUGCCUACCCUAUCAACCGCAAUGGGCACCAGCCCCCUGCUUUGUUUUGUCUGCCCCAGUGUUCAUUAAAGCU